AUGUCAGGACCAUCCAUCGCACCUUAUCAAUGGUACAACCAAGCACCACCAGAUGUUGCAACGCUCCAGCGUUUACAGCGGAUACCCUACGAAAUGUCGAAGAUAACUAUCCAGCAGCAGGCUGCCAAUUACCAUGGUUAUACCGAGCACCACACGUAUCAUUACGUCGUUCCAAUAGAACCUGGUGCUCCAGUCACUCCUUAUCUACCUUACGUCCAUUCGGUUCCUCCGAUUCCCAAUUGGUCAUUCCCGUUUUCCAUUGAAGCAAGCUAUACAUUUACGCCAGGUUCAAUAGGAAUUCCGCGUAAGGAUUGCAAUGAAAUAGGAUGUUAUCGAGGUAUGGUGCCGCACAGUCUCCGGCUACCCAUUCAUAACUCCAAGGGAAUCCAAGUUAAACCGACAUCGCGCAUUCACGCACCUGAUCAACCCAUUAAUAUCCAGAAAGAGUAUUCUGAAGUCGAAUGCGCCCAAUUUCAGACCCAGUGUGCAUACAACCAGGCUUCGGCCCAACCCGAACAUAGGUUGACACCAAUGAAGUUUCUUCGAGAGCUCCAAACCCUACAUAUACAAGGUCGAAGUGGGAAAUCAUCCAUCGGUCGAUUCCUUAUACAAGGGGAAGAAGCCCCUGUGACUGUUUGGAGGCCUGAUUGGGAUGGUCCAUUCCUUGUGCAGCACCAUUUACCGAAUGGCGACGAAGACGCAAUAAGUGCCGCCCAUAUAGUCGGUGAUAUAAUUACAUGGUGUCCGCCGCCAAAAUAA